AUGGCCAGUAGUGUAUAUAGCUAUUUUCCAUUCAGUCAGACGUGCUACUCGUACGAGGAGGCGGACUCGUGCGCGGCGCUCAACGGCACGUACUUCCGGCAGCGGUGCUACAACGCCAGCGAGGCGGCCGCCGCCAACAUAUCGGGGCUAGCGGAGCGCGCCAACCGCCGCCCUCCCGCCGAGGAAUACUUCACAAAUUAUGUUCUGGGGCUAUCGGAUGGCAUUGAGUACACUGGUGAAGUUCGACUGUCCAUGGCGACAUGCCUUCUGAUGGCGUGGGUAAUUGUCUUCCUGUGCCUGUGCAAAGGGGUGCAAUCGUCGGGGAAGGUGGUUUACUUCACUGCACUCUUCCCAUAUGUGGUACUGGUUCUUCUGUUUGUCAGAGGAGUAACUCUACCAGGUGCUUCCACUGGAAUUCUUUUCUACCUUACUCCAGACUGGAACCGUUUGGCUAAUGCUCAGGUCUGGGGAGAUGCUGCAGUGCAGAUAUUUUUUGCAUUGAGUCCAGCUUGGGGAGGUCUCAUUACUCUUGCAUCCUACAACAAAUUCUCCAACAACUGUUACAAGGAUUCGCUUAUUGUGGCCAUAUCAAACAUACUGACAUCAUUCUUUGCGGGCCUGGUCAUUUUUUCUGUGAUUGGAUUCCUUGCUCAUGAGUUGAAUGUGGAAGUAAAAAAAGUUGUGGAUCAGGGUGCAGGGCUAGCCUUCAUUGUUUAUCCAGAAGUGGUGACACACUUACCUGUCUCACCUUUGUGGUCCUUGCUUUUCUUUGUGAUGUUACUUACACUGGGCCUCGACUCACAGUUUGCUCUAAUGGAGACUGUUACAACAGCCCUGCUUGACCGUUUUCCAAGUCUGAGGGGCUACAAGAUAUGGGUGGUUAUGGUAGUAUCUGUCUUUGGAUACUUUGGUGGCCUUAUAUUUACAACAAAUAGUGGUAUGUACUGGCUCCAGUUGGUGGACAAAUAUGCAGCCAACUGGUCAGUCCUAUUGAUAGCUAUUGUGGAAUGUAUUAUCAUUUCCUGGGUCUAUGGUGCUAACAGGUUUCUUGCCGAUAUACAGGAAAUGAUUGGUCCACAAUCAGAAACAUGGAAGUUUUUUUGGAGGUGGAUGUGGAAAAUUGUAACUCCUGCAGCCUUAUUGUUCAUUUUGUUCUUCAAUUGGAUUGAGUAUGCUCCAGUGAGUUAUGGAGAUUACAAGUAUCCAAGAUGGGCAGAUGGUGUUGGAUGGGCUAUUGGUGUCUUCCCUGUAUGUGUCAUUAUUGGAAUGGGCAUUAUGAAGAUCCACUCUGUGACAGAAGGAACAUUUACCGAGAAAAUACGUUUCUUAGUCCGACCAACUGGUGACUGGGGCCCAGCACAUUGCCGUGCAAGCAACCCUCCAACAUAUGAGAGUGUGAGGAACACUAUUGUUUUGGUCAAUGGCCUUCCUGUGAUAAGAGAAUCUGCUUCAGCUGCUGCUCCCGGACAUGACCCAUCGGAUCCUUUAGCGGACAAUCGUCUCUGAGAGUGGGCCCCACCCGGGCCAGCACCGCAGCCCGGGCCUAGUAUCCUCAAGAAAACAGCUGUAUCAGGUGUGCGAGAAGCGACUGAAGCCCAUCCAGUAUAGUGAUAAAAUUAAGUACACCAGCAGAACUACAAAUGAUUAAUCUUUCCCCAUUAUGGGAUACCGAGAUUAUUAUGUCUCACUUAAUAAGUGGGAUAACAUUAAAGAGAAAAGACAUACAUCAUCUGAUGAAAUAUUUGUGUAUUUUUGGGAUUUGUUUGAGGUACAGAAGGGAAGUAAAGAGUUUUCUUUUCUGUCCCUCUAACAGUCAGAGCUAGAAACAUUUUUUUAUUUAUUAUUCCACUUCCUAACCAUUGUGGACAUAAUAUUGAAUUUAUAUUUUUACAGCUGCUGGAAGUAGAUGUUUGAAUUGACAGAGUUGACCGAUUGUUGUUAUCUUCAAGAUAUUUAUGUGUGGCCUCAUUAUAAGACUUGUAAAAGUGAACAAUGUUCCAGUAUUGACUCCUUCAGUGUGCCUAUGUGCACACAUAUUGUGGGAGCUGAAAACAAAUCAGGAAUUACAUGUAAAGUGUUGCAGAGUGGUUAAUUUCUGUGGUGAUAUGUGAUAAUAUGAGGUGUCACGUAUACCUCCUCCUAGUACACUAAAUGUCUGUGUACUACACAUUAAGUGGGUGUUAGGUGCUACUGUAGGAUAACUAGGGAGCUUAUUCAACACUACAGUAAGAACCUGAAAGGUUCUUUCAUCAAAGAUGAAACAUUAAGAAAGCUCCAUGAAGAAAUUGUGGAUCAUAUUUUGAGAGCUAUCAUUUUUCAGCUUCUGAGGUCAGGCAAUGACUUGCAGCCAUUACAAACACCACAAUACUGGAAAUCUGGAGAUAAAUGUGGUUUGUCAUUGCAGACAGUUUCUAUUAAAAGAAAACAAUAUAAGGGUGUCAGUGCAGUUAGUAAAUAGCAGUGCAGUGACUAACAAGCUCUGGAAAAGUUUUACAAGUGAACUUAAUUUGCAUCAGUUAGUAAGUACCCUGUAGAUUUACAAGGUACAAUUUGUCAAAUAGAAACCACUGUCCCAUACCAAAUAGAAAAAAAUAAUCCUAUCCCUCUAGGCACAAGUGCUACAUAUUUGGUACGAAGAUAGAGAAGUGAUUCAUUAGUGAAUCAAUUAACUGUGCUGUGAUCAAAUCAUCUCAUUAUCGAAGUUAAAAGAGAAAGUAGAAAGAACACAAUUAUUUACACUGCUCAUAAUAAAAUAAGGAUAAGGUGACUUAAGAUAUUCUAGGAGAAAGUAUAGAUUUAUAUGUAGACCUUCACUGUAAGAACUGGAAUCGAGUAAUUAAUGUGUUAAACUACAAAAAAUUUUAUGGAGUUGUUGCUAAACAAAAGAUUAAGGAGUUUAUAGGAAUGAGUGGAAAGGCUAGCAUUGUUAUCAGCUGUAGGAUCAAAUAGAUGAUUGUUGAAGUUAUCAAACGUAUAUAUGUAUAUAUAUAUAGCCUUUUAUUUUGUGUGAAUCAGAUGGUCUGUAAUAAUAAAUUAUUGUUGACAUGGAGGAAACCAAAAUACAUAGGAACAUUAACACUGGAGAUUUGUGAGCAAGAACAAGUUAAACAAAAAAAUCUAUA